AUGUCCAAGCCAGGGGAAAGAAACAGACUAAACGAAGACCAUGGCAGAAAGCAGAGUUCAAGUAAGCUUGCUCUUUUUUUCCUUCCUCUGUAAUGUCUGUUUCUGUAACUGGGAUACGCUUAUAAUCCCCAUUUUCUUCCUCAUAGUGUUUGCAAAGCUAUCGCUACAAUGUAACCUAACGAGUGUUUGUGCGCGAGUCUGUGUUGCUCUCAUCUUCUUGACAUUUCUACACAGGUUUGGCAAACGGCAUGGACAACCACCAUCCCGUUUGCAGUUCGGGGGAGAAACGAAGUCACCAUUGUAGAAGUUACAAGUUGAUUAUUGACCCAGCGUUGAAAAAGGGAUCGCACAAAUUGUAUCGCUAUGAUGGAACGACUUUUAACAUGCCCGUAAGUGUUACAUCCGUAUUCGAAAAGAGAAACACUUAGCUACAUUGUUGCAGUGUUUGUCUCAACGAUUGAUACAUUGUUAGUGGGCUUGACACGUUACUUUCUGCACCUGACAGAGUGCAUCAGAAGUGUCACUAUCCCGUCGUUACAAACGCAGUCAAAGGUUUAUCUAAACAACUCGAAUCAACUCUAACCUUUUUCUUGAAUGAAUGUAGCGUUUUCUGGUGUAAUCCCCUUCUUGAUAUCGGCAAUCGGCGCGUUAUAUUCUUCCUAUUGUCAGAAUUCUUGAAUGGUUACAUUGUAUAAUACAUUCUACAGAACCCUGGGAUGCCACCAGUGGAAAUCGUCCGAGACCCGAGAAUCGGUCGUCUCUGGACGAAGUACAAGGAGACGGAUCUCCCAGUUCCGAAGUUUAAGGUAGGAUAAUCAGUCACACCCCCUCUCAGAUCUUGACAAAAUGUGCCAUGCUUUUUAUGUUUUGGGGCUAUAGACUUUUAUAAGGUUCCGAAGUUUUAAGUAGCCUGACACACCCCCUCGACGUUGUUGAUAGAAGUGUCAUGCUUUUUAUUUAGGAUUUAGUGCUCCAGACAGGCAACACAUGCUAAGCUAUUGUCCCUUACAUAAUAAACACAUUUCGCAUGUUGUAUGUCAAGACUAUUCUAUCGUGGUUAUUUGGUUUCUCAAAAUGUAAACUGCAGAUGUCCAAAAUGUUGAUAUUUAAUCGGGCAUAGGCUACAUUAACUUUCUUUUUGUUUGUCACAUUGCAGCGUGUAAUUCAGGUUUCAAUAUGCUGUAGUAAAAUGUAACAUUCAUCAUUUAAUGUAACUAUUUUAUUUCUUCAGAUUGAUGAAUGUUACAUCGGCCGUGUGCCUCCCAAGGAGGUGACGUUUGCGAGGCUGAACGAUAACAUCAGAGAAGGUUUUUUGACUGACAUGUGCAAGAAAUUUGGGGACAUAGAAGAGGUGGAAAUUCUAUACAAUCCGAAGAACAAAAAGCAUUUGGGAAUAGCCAAAGUUGUUUUUGGAACUGUAAAAGCAGCCAAGGAUGCUGUCCAGACUCUUCACAACACGUCAGUUAUGGGCAACAUCAUCCACCUAGAGCUGGAUCCUAAAGGUAAGCAAUCUUUACAUGGGCUAAAUAUAUAUGAGUAUUUAUAAACAACGUGCAAUUAAUUCUCAGUUGUAGAAACAAAAUGUACGCAUAUGUGAAAACACUAUCCUUUAUUUAUAAAAUGUCACUAAUUUCAUUUUUAGAGGACAACAUUUAGUCACGUGUAUAGCCUACGUUUACGGUGGUUGCUUGGUAACCAGAGCACUUGCAUCUGAAUGUCAGUGCGAUUUACAUGGGAUUCAGCUCACGAGCAUCAGUGUGUGCAAACUGCAGAACGGUAUUUUUCGACUUGAAUAAAAAUAAAACGUAGUUUCGUUUGGUUUAUUUGAUUUAUAUCCAAUUAUGGCAGUCAUCAUUGAAUUAGUUAUAGCUGUUUAAUUAUUUAUGUGCACAGGGACGCCUAUAAUAAAGGCCUAUAAUAAAAUAAUGCAAUAAUUAUUUAGAUUUUUUUUUGACUAAUUCUAAACCAACUUUAUAGCCGAAAUAUAGUUUUCUUGAUUUCAGCCUAUCAUUAAACAAUAUUUUACUUGUUCACACUGGUUGCAUUUUACCAUGUUAAUAUAUUUGGAUAAUUUGGCUAUUAACAUCAGUAAUGAAGGACUUUCACCUAUUUCCCUAGCAAAAUUGAAUAUCGUUUAUCAUAUUUAGAAUUUACUCGUGUCAUGACGCUGUAAGUUUUUUUUUCCCGCGUUCAACACAACUGGGAACUCGGAAAUCUCCGACAUCAGUGCUUUCAAGACAACUGGGUACUCGGGGGAAAAAACGAACUCCGAAUGGGGGGAAAUCGUUUUGAACGGUCAUCCAACUCGGAAUUCUAAGUUGGACAUUUGGGCAUCUUUCUAGAGCUCUGACUUUCUGACCUGAAGAUCACUGACCUCAUGAGUUCCUAGUUGUUUUAGAAGCACCACUAUUCUCUUAAUCUCUUAAAGAGACAGUGGUUCCUCUUACAGCAGCAGAGGGUCAUAGGGAUAGUGAUCAGUGACGCAUUUAAUUUAAACUGGUAGCUUGGAGAUCAGCAGAAAAUCUAAGGCCUACUGAGUACCAAUUUAUCAUUAUAAUUUCACCUGCCUGCAAUAGUACGCAUAUAUCCCUGAAAUUGAUUAAUCAAUUAAUAGCUUCCAUGUGUAGAUGCUGAUUUUUAAAUGUACAACUUGAAUUAAAUGUCACUAGAACAUUUGCCUUGUGGAAAAUUCCACAUGCAGAAAGAACUCAUCCUGUUUUCAAAUUUUAUUUUAAGAAAUACAUUGAAUAAUAUAUGACACAUUCUUGCAUUAUUGUGUAUUUAUUGCUGUGAAUGAUGUUCUUCUAACACACCUCUAAGGUCAGCCUGGUCUCAUAGACUAGACAGUACACUCAAAUGAGUAUAAUAUGUUACGUUUGGUAUGGUUACAUAAGACAAGGUUACUUAACGCAAAAACGAAAGGAGGGUGGUUGGUCGGGCGUAAAAUGUGAAGGUCUAGCACCCCAAAGGUUGCGUGUUUGAAUCUCAUCACGGACAACAUUAGCAUUUUAGCAAAUUAGCAACUUUGCAACUACUUACCAUAUUGCACCUACUUAGCAUGUUAGCCACUUAGCUAACGUUAGCCACAACUAAUUGGAAUUUGUAACCGUAGAGAUAGAGGACUCAUCUUUGUAUCUGUGCCAUUAUUGCAUAUGUCACAGCAUGGGCAGUGCCAUUGAGGCAAUCUCCAUUUUGAAGUAGUACAUUUAUUCUUCAAGAUUGGCUGAUCCUGCCUGAUGACCCGGUUGGACAUGACUCCAACAGUUGGAAGUGGGAAGUCCCACCCAGUUGACUACAUUAAAAUGGUGGAAGUCCUCAAUGGCACUGCCCAUGCUAAUACUGCCUUUUGGCCACUAGAGACCUCUAUCAUUCUCUAUGUUUGUAACAUAGAGUAUCAUACGAAAUGGAUGAUGGACAUCCACAAAUUUCAUACAUACCAUACCAAACGUAACAUAUCAUACUAAUUUUAGUGUCCCGGAUUUUUGUUUACUAUGUUACCCCUGAGUCCAGGUUGCUAAGGCUACUGAGAAAUAUAAUUUGAUUGAACCAUAUCUUAACUUUAUCCAUCCAGGUGAGAAUCGCCUUAGGUACUUCCAGCUACUGUUGAAUGGCACCUUCACCCCUCGGACACUUCCGGUGGGUGGAGAGGAGGCCAGACAAGUGUCCCCUCGUAGCCUGGCAGAGGCUCUUCUGGUAAGACCACCACUUUUAUGGUGGCUGUUUAGCAGCACUAUGUUAUGUUGUAUUUGAGACAAUUUGCAAGUGUUCCAAAACAAGCUUACAGGAAAGGUAAGCAUGUUUAAUUUGUCUGAACAUUUUAUUUGAUUUACUUUUUUAUGUUUGCAUAACUAGUCUCUCUGCAGUGCCAACUGAUAGGCAAGGCCCUGGCCUAGUCUCUUGAACAGAUUGUAAAGUUCUGCGCAUAAGCCUGGGUCUCUCAGCUUUAAGGAGCUUUGCAUUAUUGAAAAUGAAAAGUGUCCCAUAGUCAACUGCAGACCAGCCAAUAUGAGUUUAUUGUAUGUCACCAGAAAGGUAUUUCAGAUGAAGGCAUCAUUUAGUUAGUGGGGAAAAAAGUAUUUAGUCAGCCACCAAUUGUGCAAGUUCUCCCACUUAAAAAGAUGAGAGAGGCCUGUAAUUUUCAUCAUAGGUACACGUCAACUAUGACAGACAAAUUGAGAAUUUCUUUCUCCAGAAAAUCACAUUUAUAGGAUUUUUUAUGAAUUUAUUUGCAAAUUAUGGUGGAAAAUAAGUAUUUGGUCACCUACAAACAAGCAAGAUUUCUGACUCUCACAGACCUGUAACUUCUUCUUUAAGAGGCUCCUCUGUCCUCCACUCGUUACCUGUAUUAAUGGCACCUGUUUGAACUUGUUAUCAGUAUAAAAGACACCUGUCCACAACUUCAAACAGUCACACUCCAAACUCCACUAUGGCCAAGACCAAAGAGCUGUCAAAGGACACCAGAAACAAAAUUGUAGACCUGCACCAGGCUGGGAAGACUGAAUCUGCAAUAGGUAAGCAGCUUGGUUUGAAGAAAUCAACUGUGGGAGCAAUUAUUAGGAAAUGGAAGACAUACAAGACCACUGAUAAUCUCCCUCGAUCUGGGGCUCCACGCAAGAUCUCACCCCGUGGGGUCAAAAUGAUCACAAGAACGGUGAGCAAAAAUCCCAGAACCACAUGGGGGGACCUAGUGAAUGACCUGCAGAGAGCUGGGACCAAAGUAACAAAGCCUACCAUCAGUAACACACUACGCCGCCAGGGACUCAAAUCCUGCAGUGCAAGACGUGUCCCCCUGCUUAAGCCAGUACAUGUCCAGGCCCGUCUGAAGUUUGCUAGAGUGCAUUUGGAUGAUCCAGAAGAGGAUUGGGAGAAUGUCAUAUGGUCAGAUGAAACCAAAAUAGAACUUUUUGGUAAAAACUCAACUCGUCGUGUUUGGAGGACAAAGAAUGCUGAGUUGCAUCCAAAGAACACCAUACCUACUGUGAAGCAUGGGGGUGGAAACAUCAUGCUUUGGGGCUGUUUUUCUGCAAAGGGACCAGGACGACUGAUCCGUGUAAAGGAAAGAAUGAAUGGGGCCAUGUAUCGUGAGAUUUUGAGUGAAAACCUCCUUCCAUCAGCAAGGGCAUUGAAGAUGAAACGUGGCUGGGUCUUUCAGCAUGACAAUGAUCCCAAACACACUGCCCGGGCAACGAAGGAGUGGCUUCGUAAGAAGCAUUUCAAGGUCCUGGAGUGGCCUAGCCAGUCUCCAGAUCUCAAGCCCAUAGAAAAUCUUUGGAGGGAGUUGAAAGUCCGUGUUGCCCAGCGACAGCCCCAAAACAUCACUGCUCUAGAGGAGAUCUGCAUGGAGGAAUGGGCCAAAAUACCAGCAACAGUGUGUGAAAACCUUGUGAAGACUUACAGAAAACGUUUGACCUGUGUCAUUGCCAACAAAGGGUAUAUAACAAAGUAUUGAGAAACUUUUGUUAUUGACCAAAUACCUAUUUUCCACCAUAAUUUGUAAAUAAAUUCAUAAAAAAUCCUACAAUGUGAUUUUCUGGAUUUUAUUUUCUCAUUUUGUCUGUCAUAGUUGACGUGUACCUAUGAUGAAAAUUACAGGCCUCUCUCAUCUUUUUAAGUGGGAGAACUUGCACAAUUGGUGGCUGACUAAAUACUUUUCUUCCCCACUGUAAGUUAGUCGUUUUUCCAGCUUCAAAUAUUUGUUUGGUGAAAAAUGUUGCCCCAUGCCUGAAUCAUUGUAACUGCGCUGUACUCUAGUGAGUCCCUGUGACCCCCAGCCAAUCUAAGAUGACACCCUUAUCUCUAAUCCAGUUUAUCAGUGCAGCAGGUGGUAAAAUGUAAAUGUAAAUGUAAAAUGGGGCCCAGGAAGGAAUUUUGUCCAGAACCUCUGCCUGCCUGCAGAGGAAAGGGGCAGAGCUGUUGUAAGCCUGCCUGUACUUUGAGCCAUAGCCCUUCUGCACAGCUUCUCCUGCAGGCAAUGCUCGGCUGUCUUCAGCGUUUUGAAUUAAUGCAUAUUGGGAAGUGUCGCAAAAACUAAAACCUGACCCUACAUCUUUAGAUAUAAUUAUUGGCCUGUUAAGUGAAAUCCUAACAGUUGCUGUGUGCUCAAGAUGCAUUCUUUUCAUUUUAAAACCUUUAACUUGAUUGUGACAUUAAAUGGGCAAUGUAGCCAUGCUGAUGGAUGUUAUAUAGGUUAGGUUUCCGCAGUUGAAUGUAUGAAGUGCCUUCUGUGAGUGUGUUUCCUAAGCAGAGUUUGGUGUGUUCCUCCCCAGGCCUGUGAGCCCCUGCGCCGGCUCUCUGAGAGCAGCUCGUCUGCUGCAGUGGGAGGCACAGUGACCCCCAGCAGCACCGCCUCCAACACCACCCCUCUGUCCCAGGACACGGCCUACUCUAGCCUAAGGCAAGACACUCCGCAGUCCCAGGGCACCCCACACACCCCGCGCCAGACCAGUACCCCCUUCUCUCAGGACUCCAACUAUUCCAGCAGGCAGGCCACCCCAGCCUACCAGUCUAGCCGGGCCGAAGGCUCUGGAGGCUACAAGUCUCGCAGACACGAGAGCAAGUUCCAGGAUGCCUACAACCGGAGACCGGAGAGGCGUUAUGUCCAUGGCACUGGGGGAUCAGGAUCCUCCUCCUACCGAGGAAACUCUGAACAGUCUGCCUUCAAGCAGCACCAACCUGCCCCACCUGAACCCCCUCCCUCUUCCUCAUCCUUUGCCCACACACCACCUCCCCCUACCAGUGCCAGCUUUAAGUCUGCCUUUUCUCCCUACCAGCAGGCCCCAAUGCCCCCUGCGUUCCCCCCCUCAGAACCUCCGUUCCACCAGCCCGUCCAGUGGGAGGCAGAGUACCGGAGGCCCCCCAUGGCCCCUGCCACUGACUUCAAGCCAGUCAAGGAUAAGCCAGCUACUCCACCCAUUCCAGAACCCCCACCUGAACCCAAGGCCCACCCCAGCACCCCCCCUGCCCGGACACCCAAGCACUGCCCCCACUCCCCCGGCACACCAACCCUGGAGUCAGAGCGAAAUAGCCUGGACUCCCGUAUUGAGAUGCUCCUGAAGGAGAAAAGGACAAAGCUUCCCUUCCUUCCUGGAGGCGACUCAUCAGACACUGAUGUGCGUAUGGUCUGCAGCCCCAUCUCCUCCUCUUCCUCUCAGCUGUCCCCCAUCCCUCCUUAUGGGGGCACCCACACCUCUCUGCCCUCUAGCACGGGCCUGGAGGACGUCAGCCCCACGCCCCUGCCUGACUCAGAUGAUGAGGAGCCCAUCCCUGUAGCAGGCUCGCUCCUCAAGGGAGUCAGCUCUCCAGACCAUCUCAAUGGGAAGAACGCCAGUGACCUGAAGGAUGGUCGCCUCGGACACCACACACCCACAGACAAAAUGGAGGUAAGAACCAACAGUAUCAUCCUUACUUUGGGUAGAUGCAAUGUUUAGAAAGUGGAAGAUGGAAAUGGAGAACAGAUACUCCAUUCCAUACAUGACACGUUAUUGGCCACAGUAGGAGUAUUGCUGUGGAGAUGUCUGCUUGCAGCCGGAUCUAUUUGGCAGCUGCAGUGGGGGCACCGGAAGUAAACAGGAAGUGAACAGGCUUCAGUGUCUGAUAGUAAGCCUGCACUUUCCCUUUAGUUUAAUUCUUCUGUCUGUAUACUACUAGAGGAAAUGUUUCAUUCUGGUUUCACAGCAAACAGUGACAAAAUCAGUGACCGUUUUUAUGGGUCUUGGUAUGCUGUGAAGUUAUCAACAACAUACAGUGAGUGAUACAGAACAUUUGAGUGUUGUGUUUUUCCCCUGCCAUCAGAACUAGUUGCCUCAUAAAAAUAUACACUUCAUACAUUCGUCAUGUACUUUGAAAUCUGUUUUCUAUUUGAAUGGCUUUGUGUUUGCAAGCCAUGUAUUAAUCAUUUUGCAAAAGAUGCAAAGCUGCUAUUUGCUAGUGUAUUCUCUACCUGGCACAAGAACACAUUUCAUCCAAAACUCCAAACUGGGGACAUGCAUCAGAGAAACGUCAAGCAAAGGUUUUAACCUGAUCCCAGAUCAAUUUGACAGGCAAAGUAAGUGGCAGUACAGUUGCAGUACAAUUUUAGGGCCUAAUAGGCUACCUCUAUCGGUUCAACUAAUAUUUGAUAGUCAAAGAAAAAUACUUCAGGAAGUAACUCUUCUCUUGAUGUGUAAACGGUUAUUUUCCUCAUGUUUGGUACUACUCACUGUUUGUAACUAGCCUGUGCCCUGGUAAUAGUAGGUCCACACCCAGUGCUGUGACUGAGAAACCUGACUCACUCUUCUGUUGGAGAAUAGAAAACACUUUCACUUCCUCUUUCUAACACUCAUGGGACGAGUUGCCAGGCUGGCUGUUAGCCCCAUUCAACACUCAACUCACCACUUCCUGGUUCUGUUGAGCCUGACAAUCAGGAUUGGCCAUACAUCCCUGUAUGUUUUAUGUUAUCACAAAGCAAACAUUUCAAUAAAAUGGCCAGUUUGGCACACACACGCCACUCCCCAGGCUUUUUGAGUCUUUGUGGUUUUGAUUGUUUCAUGAAUCAUGAUUUCAUUGCCACCCAGAUAUGAUGUAUCAAUGAAAGCUAAGAUUAAUGGGCUGUGGGAUUAAUUUGUCAUUAUUCAUGCUUGUAAGCAUUCAUUCAGAAUUAAUUGUUACUGAAUCUAUGACAAUAGCCUGGUUGCUCUGCGAUAUUGUUUUUUUUGUUAGUUUCACACAGCUAUUCAAGGGCAUUAAAUCAAUACUUGUGCUAACACUUGGCUGAACGUAUUUAGACUUGGCUCAUCCUUCAAAUAAUUAGCUGUUCAUGAUUUGAAGGAUUAGCAAAUAACCACAUGCUGCUAAAUGCUAGUAGUGCCUUUUUAGACACUAAUAUCAAGGUUAGUGUUAGACAACCUGUGUUUGGACUUUACUUAAGGGACUGGCAGGGUUGACUAUUUAUUAUGAUAUUAUAGGGAUGUGUAGAGAAGCUAGAAACUUUGCUCAUUAUGUGGAUGCUUCCAAUAUGACUAUCAGGUUAUGUAUUGUAGAGAGAUGUCCUGACACCUUGUCCUGUCUCUCCCACACAGAGCCAUCAGUCAUCUGGGGAAGACAUGGAGAUCUCGGAUGAGGACGACAUGCCAGGCACGCCCACGCACAGUGGCGACUGUGUCAAGGGAAUCGUGGUCAACUCUGCUGUGUCCCCCAUGCAGUCCAUGCCCCUCCCACCCCCCGGGUUCCCCCCUCUACCCCCUCAAGCGGGUUUCGGUCUUCCACACCACCUCUCUGCUGUUCCGGGCCCACACCUGGCACCUGGAGUGCCCCACCCCAUGCUGCCUCACCUCUACCCCCAUGGCAUGGUGCCCAUGAUGCAGAUGGAGCUGAUGAGCUGCCUGCCUCAGUGGGGCAGCGUUCACAUGUCCUUCCAGAUGCAGACCCAAAUGCUGAGUCGCAUGGCCCAGACCCGGGGGCCCUAUCCCUACCCACAAUUCAUGACCGCAGGAGGGGCCGCUGCAGCCGGGUCAGCAGCCAUGCAGUUUGGGGGUCCCUACCCACCCUUGUCCAUGAGUAGCACCCCAGCUGCCAGUGCAGGGGGCCACAGGCAGCAACCCUGGCCCCACCCCAGCAUGCCCAAGUUCAACCCUGCUGUUCCUCCACCGGGCUACGAGGCUAAGGAGGACCCUCACAAGGCCACCGUGGAAGGAGUGCUGCUGGUCAUCGUCAAGGAGCUGAAGGCCAUCAUGAAGAGGGACCUCAACCGUAAGAUGGUGGAGGUGGUAGCCUUUAGGGCCUUUGACGAGUGGUGGGAUAAGAAAGAACACUCAGCCAAGGUGAGUCAUUCUUUAAAGCCAGCUGCUAUGUAUAUAGGUGUGUAUAUAUAUGAGUGUGUGUGUGUGUGUAUAUACAGUGGGGGAAAAAAGUAUUUAGUCAGCCACCAAUUGUGCAAGUUCUCCCACUUAAAAAGAUGAGAGAGGCCUGUAAUUUUCAUCAUAGGUACACGUCAACUAUGACAGACAAAUUGAGAAAAAAAAAUCCAGAAAAUCACAUUGUAGGAUUUUUAAUGAAUUUAUUUGCAAAUUAUGGUGGAAAAUAAGUAUUUGGUCACCUACAAACAAGCAAGAUUUCUGGCUCUCACAGACCUGUAACUUCUUCUUUAAGAGGCUCCUCUGUCCUCCACUCGUUACCUGUAUUAAUGGCACCUGUUUGAACUUGUUAUCAGUAUAAAAGACACCUGUCCACAACCUCAAACAGUCACACUCCAAACUCCACUAUGGCCAAGACCAAAGAGCUGUCAAAGGACACCAGAAACAAAAUUGUAGACCUGCACCAGGCUGGGAAGACUGAAUCUGCAAUAGGUAAGCAGCUUGGUUUGAAGAAAUCAACUGUGGGAGCAAUUAUUAGGAAAUGGAAGACAUACAAGACCACUGAUAAUCUCCCUCAAUCUGGGGCUCCACGCAAGAUCUCACCCCGUGGGGUCAAAAUGAUCACAAGAACGGUGAGCAAAAAUCCCAGAACCACAUGGGGGGACCUAGUGAAUAACCUGCAGAGAGCUGGGACCAAAGUAACAAAGCCUACCAUCAGUAACACACUACGCCGCCAGGGACUCAAAUCCUGCAGUGCCAGACGUGUCCCCCUGCUUACAUUUUACAUUUACAUUUUAGUCAUUUAGCAGACGCUCUUAUCCAGAGCGACUUACAGUUAGUGAAUACAUAUUUUUUUUUUACUGGCCCCCCGUGGGAAACGAACCCACAACCCUGGCGUUGCAAACGCCAUGCUCUGUCAACUGAGCUACAUCCCUGCCGGCCAUUCCCUCCAUCCCUGCCGGCCAUUCCCUCCCCUACCCUGGACGACGCUGGGCCAAUUGUGCGCCGCCCAUGAGUCUCCCGGUCGCAGCCGGCGGCGACAGAGCCUGGAUUCGAACCAGGAUCUCUAGUGGCACAGUUAGCACUGCGAUGCAGUGCCUUAGACCACUGCGCCACUCAGGAGUACAAUGCCCUGGACAUGCUUAAGCCAGUACAUGUCCAGGCCCGUCUGAAGUUUGCUAGAGUGCAUUUGGAUGAUCGAGAAGAGGAUUGGGAGAAUGUCAUAUGGUCAGAUGAAACCAAAAUAGAACUUUUUGGUAAAAACUCAACUCGUCGUGUUUGGAGGACAAAGAAUGCUGAGUUGCAUCCAAACAUCACUGCUCUAGAGGAGAUCUGCAUGGAGGAAUGGGCCAAAAUACCAGCAACAGUGUGUGAAAACCUUGUGAAGACUUACAUAAAACGUUUGACCUGUGUCAUUGCCAACAAAGGGUAUAUAACAAAGUAUUGAGAAACUUUUGUUAUUGACCAAAUACUUAUUUUCCACCAUAAUUUGCAAAUACAUUUAUAAAAAAUCCUACAAUGUGAUUUUCUGGAUUUUUUUUCUCAUUUUGUCUGUCAUAGUUGACGUGUACCUAUGAUGAAAAUUACAGGCCUCUCUCAUCUUUUUAAGUGGGAGAACUUGCACAAUUGGUGGCUGACUAAAUACUUUUUUCCCCCACUGUAUGUAUGUGUAUAUAUAUAUAUAUAUAUAUAUAUGUGUGUGUGUGUGUGUAUAUGUAUGUAUGUAUGUAUGUAUGUAUGUAUGUAUGUAUGUAUGUAUGUAUGUGUAUAUAUAUAUAUAUAUAUAUAUAUAUAUAUAUAAUAUAUAUAUAUAUAUAUAUAUAUAUAUAUAUAUAAAUAAAUAAAUAAAUAAAUAAAUAAAUAAAUAAAUAAAUAAAUAAUGUGUGUAUAUAUGUGAUGGGAUGUAUAGACAUUAUGGACAGUAUAUGGAUAGAAUAUUUAGUAUAUCUGUACAAUACGCAGGACAGAAUAGUGUGUAUAUAUACAGCAAUAGUUGAAUAGGAUGGCAUUGACUAGAAUACAGUAUGUGUGUAUAUAUAUAUAUAUAUAUAUAUAUACAGUCAUGGCCAAAAUUGUUGGCACCCCUGAAAUUUUUCCAGAAAAUGAAGUAUUUCUCACAGAAAAGUAUUGAAAUUACACAUGUUUUGCUAUGCACAUGUUUAUUUCCUUUGUGUGUAUUGGAAUAACACAAAAAAAAACAGGAAAAAAGCAAAUUUGACAUAAUUUCACACAAAACUAAAAAAAUGGGCCGGACAAAGUUAUUGGCACCCUUUCAAAAUUGUGGAUAAAUAAGUUUGUUCCAAGCAUGUGAUGCUCCUUUAAACUCACCUGGGGCAAGUAACAGGUGUGGGCAAUCUAAAAAUCACACCUGAAAGCAGAUAAAAAGGAGAGAAGUUGACUCAGUCUUUGCAUUGUGUUUCUGUGUGUGCCACACUAAGCAUGGAGAACAGAAAGAGGAAAAGAGAACUGUCUGAGGACUUGAGAACCAAAAUUGUGGAAAAAUAUCAACAAUCUCAAGGUUACAAGUCCAUCUCCAGAGAUCUAGAUGUUCCUUUGUCCACAGUGCGCAACAUGAUCAAGAAGUUUGCAACCCAUGGCACUGUAGCUAAUCUCCCUGGACGUGGACGGAAGAGAAAAAUUGAUGAAAGGUUGCAACGCAGGAUAGUCCGGAUGGUGGAUAAGCAGCCCCAAACAAGUUCCAAAGAAAUUCAAGCUGUCCUGCAGGCUCAGGGUGCAUCAGUGUCAGCGCGAACUAUACGUCGAAAUUUGAAUGAAAUGAAACGCUAUGGCAGGAGACCCAGGAGGACCCCACUGCUGACACAGAGACAUAAAAAAGCAAGACUACAGUUUGCCAAAAUGUACAUGAGUAAGCCAAAUUCCUUCUGGGAGAACGUCUUAUGGACAGAUGAGACCAAGAUAGAGCUUUUUGGUAAAGCACAUCGUUCUACUGUUUACCGAAAAUGUAAUGAAGCCUUCAAAGAAAAGAACACAGUACCUACAGUCAAAUAUGGUGGAGGUUCAAAGAUGUUUUGGGGUUGUUUUGCUGCCUCUGGCACUGGGUGCCUUGACUGUGUGCAAGGCAUCAUGAAAUCUGAGGAUUACCAAAGGAUUUUGGGUCGCAAUGUAGGGCCCAGUGUCAGAAAGCUGGGUUUGCGUCCGAGAUCAUGGGUCUUCCAGCAGGACAAUGACCCCAAACAUACUUCAAAAAGCACCCAGAAAUGGAUGGCAACAAAGCGCUGGAGAGUUCUGAAGUGGCCAGCAAUGAGUCCAGAUCUUAAUCCCAUUGAACACCUGUGGAGAGAUCUUAAAAUUGCUGUUGGGAAAAGGCACCCAUCCAAUAUGAGAGACCUGGAGCAGUUUGCAAAAGAAGAGUGGUCCAAAAUUCCGGGUGAGAGGUGUAAGAAGCUUAUUGAUGGUUAUAGGAAGCGACUGAUUUCAGUUAUUUUUUCCAAAGGGUGUGCAACUAAAUAUUAAGUUAAGGGUGCCAAUCAUUUUGUCCGGCCCAUUAUUUGAGUUUUGUGUGAAAUUAUGUCAAAUUUGCUUUUUUCCUGUUUUUUUUGUGUUAUUCCAAUACACACAAAGGAAAUAAACAUGUGCAUAGCAAAACAUGUGUAAUUUCAAUACUUUUCUGUGAGAAAUACUUCAUUUUCUGGAAAAAUUUCAGGGGUGCCAACAAUUUUGGCCAUGACUGUAUAUAUAUAUAUAUAUAUGAAAUGAGUAAAACAGUAUGUAAACAUUAUUAAAGUGACCAGUUUUCCAUGUCUAUGUACAUAGCGCAGCAGCCUCUAAGGUGCAGGGUUGAGUAACUGGAUGUUAGCCUGCUAGUGACAGUGACUAAGUUCAGUGCAGGGUACUGGGUGGAGGCCGGCUAGUGAUGGCUAUUUAACAGUCGAAUGGCCUUGAGAUAGAAGCUGUUUUUCAGUCUCUCGGUCCCAGCUUUGCUGCACCUGUACUGACCUCACCUUCUGGAUGAUAGUGGGGUGAACAGGCCGUGGCUCGGGUGGUUGAUGCUCUUGGCAGUGUGUCCUCGGUGAUGCGUUGGGAAGACCGCACCACCCUCUGGAGAGCCCUACGGUUGCUGGCGCGGUGCAUUUGCCAUACCAGGCGGUGAUACAGCCCGACAGGAUGCUCUCAAUGGGCCUGUAAACUUUGGUUUAGCUCAAAUAUACUGUAUCUCCCUAAAUCUUAAUGCUAAUGGUAGAAUGUGGACAUUGUUGCUUGGAUACAAAAGAAUGUUUUGGAGGAAAGCCUCAUUUAAAACUCCUGGAAUGUUUUGAAUCAGAAAAGCUCAGCUAACCUUGAAUAUUUGCUAAGUUGAAUGCACACUAGCUAGGUAAUGAUUGAAGAUUUAUUUGAAUGUGUUGAAAUGAUGGACUGUGGGGAAAACAAGGUAGACAUAUCAGAGCGAUAUAUUUAGACAGUUUGGUUAAUUGAAAUGGAUGAAAUAUUUGAGUUUUACUUAGCUAUUUCACAAACUCUGGCUGACAUUUAAUUGUAAUGACAUGGCUAUUCUAGCCAAAGGUUCUCCUGCGUUAUCUAGCCAGAUAGCUAACAGGCUUUCAUAUGAGUACCAUGUUGUUGUUCAUCCUCCAGGCGUCCCUGACCCCGGUGAAGGCUGGCGAGGGGAAGGAGGAGGAGAAGGAGAAGCCCAAGCCCAAAGAGACCAUGGGCUCCAGUCUACUGGAGAACUGGAACAAGGGAGAGGGCCUAGGCUAUGAGGGCAUGGGCCUGGGCAUCGGCCUCCGAGGAGCCAUCCGCCUGCCCUCCUUCAAGGUACCACCAGACACUUUUAGGAUUGACUAAGAAUAUGUCUAAAGGUCUCUGGCGCUUUGGAAAAUAGUUAUAUAAUUUUAUGUUUGGCAUAGUGCCUUUGUCACAUCAGUGGGAGAGAUUAUGAAUGUGUUUGUGUGUGUUCAGGUGAAGAGGAAGGAUCCUCCUGAUGCUGCCUCCACUGGGGACACUAAGCGAGCGCGGCCCUCCACGCUGGUGGAUGAUGAGCUGGAGGACAUAGCAGAGCUCCCAGAAGAUGGGUCCAGGGUGGACGAGGACAGUGCAGCUUCUCGGAGACGACAUGCCCGGCCACUGGAGCUGGACAGUGAGGGAGAGGAGAAGGUAGAGACCUCUGGAAAGGAGGAGUCCCUGUCCGACAGGGAGGAGGAGCCUGACGAGACGGAGGUCUCUGACAGGUUGUCGUCGGCCAAGGUGAGCUGUCAGUCCAAUUACCUAGAAUGGGAGAUGAAAUGUUGACCACUACAACCUUCAACAGGUGCUUCAGCUCAUUGGGAGAAGACAACCUGAGGCAUCAUACUGUAGAACCAUUUUUUUUUUUACAAUAGCUUUUAACCUCUGGAAUUGAACCUUUUCAGGAGAGUGGAGAGGAAGAGGAUGAUGACGAAGAUGAGGCAGCCUCAUCCAGUGACGGUGAAUCAUCUGAGUCGUCGGAUGAGGGUAAAUACACGCUGAUGUCAAUGACCGUAGUUAGUUAUUUGGUUCUCUGUGUGUAAACGCUGCCUCUGUAAUUGUCCUAUCUCUAUGUUUCUCUCUCCUCCUCGCUCCUUCAGACCUUGCCAGUUCAGCAUCCUCUAAAGUCGACUCUGACUCCUCUGCGAGUGGGGACUCCUCCGAAUAUGAAUCCAGUUCAGAAGAGGAGGAGGAGGAGGAGGAGGAGGAGGCGGCGGUAGACGUGGAGAGUCUACCGGAUAAAGACGAGGACCGAGUUCGGACCUCUUCAUCCUCCUCCUCUUCGUCGUCCUCAUCUGAGGUGGAGGUGGAGCCCAAGGCCCCCAGCACGCCCCUAGGUCCUCCCCCAGAGGACGAGCCCUCAGAGCUGGCUGAUUUAGAGGAGGACCAGAGGCCUGGGGAGAGGCUGAAGCUCAAGCCCAACCACAGAGCCAUCAGUGAGGGGGAGGAGGCAGCGGAGCCUGGCCGGACCAGCCUGGAGGACCUCCGGCCCCCUUCACCCAAAGGAGUCCCAGGUCUUAACCCUCUCCUAUUACCUAACCACACAAGCUUCAUGUUUCAGUUUCCGUUUCAGAUGUUGCACUCUGCAUAUUGCUUUUAACUGACAGUUUGUCUUGACAUGUUGGUUGUCUUUCAGCUGAGGAGCAAGACAUUGACCUGGGAGUCACCAUCCCUGUAUUUAAGAUGGAUCCCCAGGACGAUGUUACUAUCCUGCGGCCGCCCACGCCAACAGGCUCCCUGGCUGACAGCGACCAGGACACUCGACCCAAGGCCCCCACAGAGGACGAGGAUCUGCCCUGUACGCCAGGUAGAGGGGCUCCUGCAUCCCUGGAGCCCGACACAGCCCUCCCUAGAUCCCUAAUAGUCCCAUCUAUGCACAUCCCCCUCCCCACUACCCCGGCCAUGGAGGGCCACUCCCUGCUGCUGCCUCCUCCCGGCCCCCUGCCGGACCUCCCCCUCCCAUUUAGGGCCAGGCUGUCCACAGACGAGGAUGUGCCCCACACCCCUGGCAGGGACCUGAUGGACCGGGCAGGGGGCCUGGGUAAGUCCCAGAACAGCACAGAGAACGUGCCCGUCACGCCUGGCAGUGAUGCCCCUCUGACUGGCAGCAGCCUGGCCAGCCUCGGCUCCCCCCACAUAUCCGGCAGCCCCUUCUCCUACCCUGCCCAGUCUCCCGUCCUGAGCGCAGGUAUCCCCCGAACCCCCGGUAGAGAUCUGACCUUCACCCCUGUCUUCCCAGACCACACAGCCCUGGCUGCUGGCCUGCCCAUCCACUGGAAAGCCUCUUCAGAAAGCCUGCUGUUCAGCACCUUGGCCAACCAGACCCUGCCCCAUGGCUCCCUCCAGGGAGAGGCCUUAACCAGCGUGCCAAAAGACCUGCCUGCUGUCCCAGUCUUAGACCUCCCUGUGCCCCCUGACGCAACCCCGCCUAAGAGGAAGCCUGGGCGACCCAAGAGUAAAAAGGCUGCAGCGCUGACCUCUCCUAAGACUGAGUUUAUAGAGCUCUUGGUGACUCCCACCUCCAUGCCCGCAUCGUUGCCUCAUGAUGCCCAGCUCAGAGAGUUCUCUGCGGACACGGUUGCUGCAGCCACUCUUCCUGACAUCCCCAGCUGCGCUGGGCUAGACUCCUCCACAGUGGGCCUGGACUUCAGGGUAGGGGAGACGGAGCUGCAUACGGUUUUGCCCCCCGAUGACCGGUUCCUCCCCUACAACGAAGAGGAGCACAUGCAGAAGCCUGCCCGUAAGGCGCGGCGAGGGUGGGAAGAACUGCUGCUGGCCAGCCACUCCCCCGUGACCACGCCACCGUGGCCCCACUACGUUCCGCGCUCAGAGUUUGAGGAGAUGACCAUCCUGUACGACAUCUGGAACGACGGCAUCGAUGAGGAGGACAUCCGGCACCUGCAGGUCACCUACGACAAGAUGCUGCAGCAGGACAACGGCAACGACUGGCUCAACGACACACUGUGGGUCCAGCACCCUCAUAUCCUUUACUACUGGCCGUUACUAAUAUUACUGCCAAUAUACUGCUAGUGCAUUACUAAUUGCUGUUCCUUUAUUGUCCCUUUGUUACUGGUCUUUUAGUAUUGCUCAGUCAUCAAGCAUUUUAAAAAGUAGUAAAUUAGAAAUGCUUGGUCAUGGUUUUACCAACCCUAGGUCUUACCUUCUCCAAAAGCCUUUUUGUUCCCUUGACUCCCCCUGUACCUACCAACAUCCCAGCGGUGAAGAGGAAGAGGAGGGACGAUGGCAUGAGGGAUCAUAUGACUGGCUGUGCCCGUAGCGAGGGCUACUACAAGAUCGACAAGAAGGACAAGAUCAAAUACCUCAACAGCAACAAGCACCUACUGGAGGAGGGGCCUGUAGACAUGCAGGUGGGUUUUAGCAGUGGGUUGAUGUGCUUGAGUUCACAUCAGCAGGGUGUCUGUUCAUCUGUUUGUGUCUUGAUGCAUCUGUGUUUGUCUAAAUGUGAAGUAGGAGCUCAUUCCUCUCUCUCUCUUUUUUUCUCUCUCUCUCUCUCUCUCUCUCUCUCUCUCUCUCUCUCUCUUUCUUUCUUUCUUUCUUUCUUUCUUUCUUUCUUUCUUUCUUUCUUUCUUUCUUUCUUUCUUUCUUUCUUUCUUUCUUUCUUUCUUUCUUUCUUUCUUUCUUUCUUUCUUUCUUUCUUUCUUUCUUUCUUUCUUUCAUCCCCCCCCCCCCCUCCAGGGCAUGAGUAUUCCCGCACAGCCCCUAGUCUCCACCAGAGCUGGCUCUGAGCGUCGGUCUGAACAGCGCCGCCUGCUGUCCUCUUUCAGCUGUGACAGCGACCUGCUCAAGUUCAACCAGCUGAAGGUACCAAAGGCCAAACACAGCCCACACACAACUACUGUUAUUUUACACUGUACGUGUGUCAAUGCAAUACUGUGUCACUUCAAUUUGUCUUUUUUUACACUCUUCCCCAGUUCCGUAAGAAGAAGAUCCGGUUCUGUAAGUCGCACAUCCACGACUGGGGCUUGUUCGCUAUGGAGCCAAUUGCUGCUGAUGAGAUGGUGAUUGAGUACGUGGGGCAGAACAUCAGACAGGUGAGUAGAACACACAACUCUCUUCUCAGUCUGAGGGAGGUGAUGUACAGAUGGGAAAUCCAAAACAUCAUGCCAUACAGGUGAGUGUUAAGCAGGCUGAGUAUAAACCCAUCCAAUCCUGUAUCCAGGUGAUUGCUGACAUGAGGGAGAAGCGUUACGAGGACGAGGGCAUUGGGAGCAGCUACAUGUUCCGUGUGGACCAUGACACCAUCAUAGACGCCACCAAGUGUGGCAACUUCGCCCGCUUCAUCAACCACAGCUGCAAUGUAAGUGUCUCUUCUCCUCUCAAGAGCUGGAGCAAAACGUAAUCAAGUCAAUGUCAAUGAAUCUACCCAGUUUCACGGUGCUAGGCUAGCAAACACAUGGAUGCUAACACCACUGUGUUGUUCUUCUCAGCCCAACUGCUACGCUAAGGUGAUCACAGUGGAGUCACAGAAAAAGAUUGUCAUCUACUCCCGACAACCCAUCAAUGUCAACGAGGAGAUCACCUACGACUACAAGUUCCCCAUCGAGGAUGAGAAGAUCCCCUGCUUGUGUGGGGCAGAGAACUGUAGGGGAACGUUGAACUAACGUUAGCCCCUGGCCAAGGGGCAAACCUCCUAGAAAACAACAAGCACUGUCCCAACAAACGUUGUCCCCAUUUCCUGGACACAGACAGAGACGGCAUGCUAAAAACACAAGGACAGAAGAGGAGGGGUGGAAGAACCAGGGAUGAAAACCAACCAUUGUCUGGCUACAGUGCAGCUACCUGUCUGGGACUGUUUUUAUACGAACAGAUAUUAACUCAAGAUUGUUUAUGUUUCUAGGUGCUCUUUAAAACAGAACUAAACAUGGGUUUUCUAAUAGUCUCCCAGUGACCCUUGAAUUUCCACAAUGCUGUACCAUCUGGCUUCCUGGUGCAGCACUCUUAAUUGUCCCUCUUCCAUUCAGCAUGGUUCCCCCCUUUCUGGUCUUGGCUUAUACAGUUUUACCUACUCCCACUUUUUUCAUAAGCUUUAUGGAGACCACGUGGUACGUAACCCCCCAUUCUACCCCUACACACACACACACACAC